UUGCUUUGGGUAGACCAACCGCAGCCAACAGUACAGUCUAAUGCAGUUCUUAAGUCUGAAGUAGUUCGUUUUACGACGAUUUUCUUCAGCUUAACUUAAAACCGUUGAAACUUUUAGAAAAGCCGCUAGACGCUGUGAGAUAAUUACUUUUCCAAAGUAAAUUCACCAAUCAGAGGAAAUGGCAGCAUUCGUUGAACCGCAUUUCGACGCCUAUCAGGCGGGUAAUGGAAACAUGACCGUCGUCGAUAUGGUAUCCCCGGAUAUGUUGCACAUGGUUCACCCUCACUGGAAUCAGUUCCCGCCGAUGAACCCGCUGUGGCACUCGAUCCUCGGAUUUGCCAUCUUCUGUUUGGGAAUGGUCUCGAUGAUUGGCAACGGUUGUGUCAUUUCGAUCUUCACCAGCACCAAGUCACUCAAAACCCCGUCCAACCUGCUAGUGGUCAAUCUAGCCUUCUCCGAUUUCCUGAUGAUGUUCACGAUGGGACCGCCGAUGGUAAUCAACUGCUGGCAUCAGACCUGGAGCUUCGGACCUUUCGCUUGCGAACUGUACGCCUGCCUGGGAUCGCUGUUCGGCUGUGCCUCGAUCUGGACCAUGACUUUGAUUGCGUUUGACCGAUACAAUGUUAUCGUGAAGGGUCUUGCCGCCAAGCCAAUGACCAACAGUGGUGCUAUGGUCAAGAUCCUGCUCGUGUGGGCUUUCGCACUCUUCUGGACUCUGGCCCCAUUCUUCGGAUGGAACCGAUAUGUCCCAGAGGGUAACAUGACUGCCUGCGGAACUGACUAUCUGACGCAGACCUGGUUGAGCCGCUCGUACAUCAUCGUUUACGCCGUCUUCGUCUACUGGCUGCCUCUGCUCACCAUCAUUUACUCGUACACGUUCAUCCUGAAGGCUGUCUCUGCCCACGAGGAACAGAUGCGUGAACAGGCCAAGAAGAUGAACGUUGCCUCGCUGCGAUCGUCGGAAGCUCAACAGACCAGCGCUGAGAUCAAGCUGGCCAAGGUCGCCCUCGUGACCAUUUCCCUGUGGUUCAUGGCCUGGACUCCAUACCUGGUCAUCAACUUCACCGGAAUCUUCAAGGCUGCCCCGAUCAGCCCACUGGCCACCAUCUGGGGAUCGCUGUUCGCCAAGGCCAACGCCGUCUACAACCCGAUCGUGUACGGAAUCAGCCAUCCGAAGUACCGUGCUGCUCUGUACCAACGGUACCCAGGACUGUCGUGCCAGUCAGACAACUCUUCCAACGACACCCAGUCGGUUACUUCCGGGGCGACGACCGCCUCCGACGAGAAGGCUUAAGUACAAAGGUGAGAUAGGACAAACACGGUGAUAUUUUGGCAAUGAUUGCUGGAUCUUUGUUAGAAAAAAAGAUUAGAUAGAAAAAAUAGAAGCAAAUGAAAUAAUCAAUGGAUUAAAACGGA